AUGCCUGGCCGGGACGGCAAAAAGGUCGAGGCAAAGGCCGCGGAGGCCACGCAUGCUGCGGCUGCUCCUUCCCUGGCAGCCGCGACACGGGCGACGGCAGAGGCUCCGCCGGCAUCCCCAACAGCAGCCAAAGCAGCUGCUGAAUCGAGGGGUAUGAGCAUUGCGGAGUCUGCUAUUCGGGCGCAGCUGGAGAAGAUCAUUCAGCAGCACCCGUAUGUGGAGCCGGGCCAGGCCCUGUCGCGACACCCCGCUACGCCUUUCAUCGAGAACUGCCGAAAGUGCCUCGAGCACGGGAGCCUUGGCUGGAAAGUGACUGUACUAGCGCCGCGCGCGAGAGAGUUCCUUCGUUCCAUGGUCUUUUCACAAGAGAAGAUGACAUUUAUAGGCCCGAGCCCUAGCUUAUCCUUCGUUCUAUCCACCAGAACAGAACACCCCGUAAAGAACACACUCAAAAUUACUGCGGCUCAAGGCGGAACGCAAACUGGCCCAGUUUUGAUCCGAUUGAGCAGAUAUGCCACGUGUUUCCGCCAUGUUGUUGCCCUCUCUAGCCAUGCUUGCCGCCGCGGGCGCGGUGGAUGUUUGGGAAGGGGAGCUUCCAGAAGACGUCCCUGCAUCUUGUACGGAUGGCGAAGAGUGCGAACUGCAUUUGCUGCAGUCGGCCGCGCUGAAGGUGACCUCGGAAGUCGAUGCAGAAAACCAGGACAGCCAAGUGAUUUUCGUGAAAAGCCGUGGUAUCGGUCAGAGGCUUGA